AAGUGCGCUUGCGCCGUCCGCUCUCCUCCGGGUGGCGGAGGCUACGCGCAGGAGGAAAGAUGGAAGACUAUCAGGCUGCCGAGGAGGCCGCUUUCGUUGUUGACGAAGUAAGCAACAUUGCGAAAGAGGCUAUAGAAAGUGCCAUCGGUGGUAACGCUUACCAGCACAGCAAAGUCAAUCAGUGGACUACAAAUGUCGUGGAACAAACCUUAAGCCAACUCACCAAGCUGGGAAAACCAUUCAAAUACAUUGUGACCUGUGUAAUUAUGCAAAAGAAUGGAGCUGGAUUACACACAGCAAGUUCCUGCUUCUGGGACAGCAGUACUGACGGGAGCUGCACUGUGCGGUGGGAGAACAAGACCAUGUACUGCAUCGUCAGCGCCUUUGGGCUGUCCAUCUGACCUCGUCCAGCCUGUGACUCUUCUUGUCUCCGCAUUUCUACUCCGUAUUCUAACCACCAGCCGUGAAGUCAGUGGACACCUUUCUCCUCUUUAAGUGUGUGUUUUGUGGCACUCUCAAAAUGUAGAGAAAUAAACCAAAUGACCACACUGUUCUACAAACUGGGCACUGUUAAGUCAGAUUAAUAAUUCUCUGUAGUAGUCUGAAUCCUGUAUUGCCACUUGUCUUAACUAUUUCUUUUCAAAGGUGCUAAAAACUGAAAUCUGCUAGUGGGAAACUUUCUCUGCUUUCUGAAAUGAUUCAAAUACACUAAUUUUCCAUACUUUAUACUUUUGUUAGAACAAUAAAUUAUUCAAAUUUA